CUCCCUUUUGUUCUCAAUACAAAACUAAAUCAUAUGUUCUGGAAAUGUAUUAAGAGUUGUUGGCAACUGGGUUUUUAUCAUUGAAUUAUGAAUUUAUUGAAUUUUCUUAAGCCCAUACUCUAAUAUUCUCCUCUUUUAAGUGACUCCUAUCAGUCAAAUGAAGCUUAGUGGAAAUUUAAGACUUUACAGUAUGACCAUUACCUCUCCCUCAGCCCUCUACUCCUUUCCACAGCCAGUUGUGUGUGCAGAGUCCCCAGACAUAACCAGCUCUCCCCUCCUCCACAGCUAACCCACCCACCUGGUGGCCUGUAUCUGGAAUGAGCUUUUCUUCUUAGAUCUGCAUUUUCAAUCCCUCCUUGUCAAUCAUUCCCAAACUCCACCUCUGCUUCCUCGGUACCCAGGUUGGAUACAUAGAAUUUUUGGAUUUGCCCAUUUCACUCUUUGGACCUUGAAGGUCCAAAGACCUUCUUUAUGACUUAGUUCUCACCCACCAGUCCCUGGUUAGUGGUACCAUUUUAUGUGUGUUGAAUGCAGGGAUUCCUAACCUUUUUCAAAGGUCACUAACUUACUUGAGAAUCUGUGAGAAUAGUGAGUUCUCUCCCCCUGAAAAACUCAGAGGCAAUAUUUUGUAUAUUAGAACAAAUACUCUUUAGAGAGUUUCAUGAUGCCCUGAAAUCUGUUCAGGGGCUUCCCUGUGGUCACUGCCCAAGAAUCCAGGUUCCUUACAUAUAUUAUAUGUACAUAUCUUCAUUAUCCAAUGUUCUGACAGCCUCCAAAGAGGUGCUGUGGUGUGUGGAAAACCCUCAGGUGUUGGAACCAGAGAGAUGUAGUUUCAAAAUCUGACUGUUUCCCAUUAAUUGUGUCAUCUUAAGCAAGUUGAUUGCUCUUGGUUUUCUUGUCUGUAAAACGAGGAUGACCUUGAAGGUAUCAUAAUGGAUAGACACUGCAGCAGAACACACAGCCUGGCACCUAGAAAUGAUUACUUAGAUGGAGUUGCUACAAUUAUGUGGAGAAAUCAUUUUGCCCAAUUCCACUGUAGUUAAAAAUUCUUUGCAUGGCUCCUCUUUCCUCUCAAGAACAUGUUCUCUUCCUGUAACCAGAGGAGAGAAGAGUUUAUGUCAGAUGAGAAGAGAGAUGGGUGGGUCCAGUAUGGAAGUGUGGGAGGGAUAAUUUCUGGACAGCUUACAGGUGGCAGCAGAAUCAAAUCCAGUGAGAGGCCCUGUUGACCUCACAGACAGACCACAUUUGGAACUAGCCAGUGAGGUCUAGGCACGAGCCCAUGAGUAGGAUCAUGCUGAAGCUUAGAAAGGGAAGCCCAUUGGACUAUAUGAUGCCCACUCAAGUGGAAAAGUUAAUGCUUAGCAGAGGGAGGGUCAUGACUCAUGGCCUUACAAUGUUGAGGUCUUGGAAGAAUGAGGUGGUUAGUCCCACAGACAGCUGGGAGCCAAAGCAAUGUGACAUUCAGUUGAACAAAACCAACUGCCUCCUAUACUCCACAGUGGCAGAGGGGAAGCAAUGGCCCAAGCAUGGUUCAAAGUGUAACCACUGAUGUGACACUGCCUGGGUUCAAAUCCUAGCCUUGCCCCUGACUGAUAGGUGAUUUUGAAUAUGGUAUUUUAACUUCUCAGUGUCCUUAGCUGUGAAAGGGGAGUGACAACAGUAAUAUAUACCAUUUUAAGAAAAUAGAAUAAGAGAGGUGUUGAGCUGUUCCUUGGUGAGCCCUUAUUUUUUCAGGGCCCCGGUUUGGGGUGCCCUUUUAACCCAUGGCCGGACAUCUGGCUUCGGACUUUGCCUUCUCACCCCCUCCGGGCGGUGGGGGUGAUGGGCCAGGAGGGCCAGAGCCGGGCUGGAUUGACCAUCGGACCUGGCUAAGCUUCCCAGGCCCUCCCGGUGGUCCAGGAAUCGGGCCAGGAGUUGGGCCAGGUUCGGAGGUGUGGGGGAUUCCCUCAUACCCUCCGCCCCACGACUUCUGUGGAGGGAUGGCAUACUGUGGACCUCAGGUUGGAAAGGGCCUGAUCCCCCAUGGUGGCCUGGAGACCCCUCAGCCUGAGGUUGAGGUGGGAGCUGGGAUGGAGAGCAACUCUGAGGGGGCCUCCCCCGAGCCCUGCAUUGCUCACCCUGCUGUUGUGAAAGUGGAGAAGGAGAAGGUGGAUCAAAACCCUGAGGAGUCCCAAGAUAUCCAAGCUUUGCAGAAAGAACUUGAGGAAUUUGCCAAGCUGCUGAAGCAGAAGAGGAUCAAUUUGGGAUAUACUCAGGCCGAUGUGGGGCUUACCCUGGGGGUUCUCUUUGGGAAGGUGUUCAGCCAAACGACCAUCUGCAGCUUUGAGGCUCUGCAGCUCAGUUUCAAGAACAUGUGCAAGCUGCGGCCCCUGCUGCAGAAGUGGGUGGAGGAAGCAGACAACAAUGAGAACCUUCAGGAGAUAUGCAAAGCGGAGACCCUACUGCAAGCCCGGAAGAGAAAGCGAACAAGUAUCGAGAACCGAGUGAGAGACAACCUGGAGAACAUGUUCCUGCAGUGCCCAAAACCCACCCUGCAGCAGAUCAGCCACAUUGCUGAACAGCUAGGGCUUGAGAAGGACGUGGUCCGAGUGUGGUUCUGUAACCGGCGCCAGAAGGGCAAACGAUCAAGCACUGAUUAUUCCCAACGAGAGGAUUUUGAGGCUGCAGCUUCUCCUUUCUCAGGGGGACCUGCAUCCUUUCCUCUGGCCCCAGGGCCCCAUUUUGGUACCUCAGGUAAUGGAAGCCCUCACUUCACCACACUCUAUUCCCCGGUUCCUUUUCCUGAGGGGGAAGCCUUUCCCUCUGUCUCUGUCACCACUCUGGGCUCUCCCAUGCAUUCAAACUGAGGUACCUGCCUUUCCCAGGUACGGGGGCAGAGGAAAGAGGAGCUAGGGAGAGAACCUGGAGUCCGGACCAGGGCUUUUGGGAUUAAGUUCUUCAUUCACUAAGGAAGGAAUUGGAAGCACAAAGGGUGGGGUGAGGAGUUGGGGAACUGGUUGGAGGGAAGGUGAAGUUCAAUGAUGCUCUUGAUUUUAAUCCCCACAUCACUCAUACUUUGUUCUUAAAUAAUAAAGAAGCCUGGGACACAGUAGAUAGAUAAAUUUGUCUUUGGUUUAUCCUCUUUUAAUUAUUGAAGGGCACUAGAGAAAUCUGGUGUUAGAUACUAACUGCUGUCAUACCUGUGACCCUGAAACUGACAUGCCAUUUCAACUAUUCAAGAUCUUUCCAGCAACUUGGGAGGCUGAGGCAGGGGGCUCACAAGUUUGAGGCUAGUCUCAGCAAUUUAGCAACACCUUAUCUCAAAAUAAAAAUGGACUGGCUUAAAAAAAAAAAAAGAAAAUAGAAUAAUACUUCUAGCAUUUGUCAUGCAGAGAUUAGCUUUUAUUUUGGUAAAUCUUUUAGAGACAGCCUCCCAGGGCUCCCAAGAGAAGCCCUUGCUCUUUGGACUUUGCUCCAAGGAAACUUGAAGCACUGGCUACAUUUACUUAUUUACUUCUCUAGGUAGGGUCAGGAGUAAAAUGAUCCCCAAAUCCAUCAUGCUGGUCCUAGAUAGUGCUCCUCUUCUAAUUCUCUUGAUUUCAGGCCUGUGGGAGGGAGUCCUAUCUCAUCUUUAAGCUGUGUUGAGGUUUUGUAACUCUGGAAGUCAGGAUGGGCUUCAGGGCUGAGAUUCCAGGUUUCGGUCAGGUACCCUUGCCACACUGAGCUCAGACACAUUUUGUAACUCUGAAACUCAGUCUCCUCAUCUAUUCAGUGGUUGUACCAGCAUCUCAAAGAUCAUCUCUGUUGGCUUCUUUUUGCAGCAGGCAGGAGAUGCAGAGGCCCCAGGAGAUCUGCUUGAGGGAGGAGCAGAACAUCACAGCACUCCAUGAUUUUGAAUCCCUUGAAGACCAGGGGAUGUGAAAGAUGUUUUAAGCCAAAAAAAAUGUCAUUUCAUUGGGAAGGCAGAUAGAUAUCAAGUGGUCCCCAUCGUAGGCAGAUGAAUGAGGAAAUGUAGACACAUAUUAGGCUCUCGGCUAAUGUUCUUUGAAGGAAUGAAUGAAUUUUAAAUGCUCUUUAUUUCUCAUUGAUUGAA